UGGGUAACAAGAUAAUCUCAGCCGUUGAUCUCUCGUCUGGGAAAUGAGUAAAAAUGGCGUAACCGAAGUUCACGAACUCCCAGUAUGUUAUGUUUUCACCUAAAAUGCUCCAUUAAGAGAAUUUCACCGCUCCGGUGAAAAAAGCUCCGAUCCGUUUCGCCGCAGCUACAGGUUCAAGGAAAUCAAGAGAUCCAAAAAAAAUUGAGGUUCAAGGAAAUCACUGUCUUACGAUUUUGGUGCGGCACAUAAGAGACAAUUCUCUAGCUUUCAACCCCUCCAAUUUCACAUUAAAAUGUGUGAAUUACCAGAUAGUGAAAAUUCUUCAAAGCCCGAAGGUGCGAGUGGAAUCAUGCCUAAAAUUGAAGAUCCAUAUUGCGAAUUUCCAUCUAUAUACACAUAUACAACCCCUGUGGGGGACAAUGUUGCGAGCUCAUCAGCCAGCAACAUGAGGUCAUCUCUUCUGACCAUGGGUUUUAAGGCAGCACUUGUUGAUAGAGCAAUUGAGGAAAAUGGUGAAGACAAUAUGGACUUGUUACUGGAGACUCUUUGUGCAAAUUCUGAUCCUCCUAGAGCAGAAUCAUCAGAUUCUCUGGAUAGCUUGUUUGGUGACGACGAGGACAUAAACAGUCGUGCCAAGUUUGACGGAGAUGUACAUAUAAAAGAGGAGCCUGAUCCGUGUAUUGGAGUUUGUGAUGACAAAAGAGUAUCUUUAUUAGCAAUGAGUUUCUCUUUGGAUGAAGUUGAAUUUGCAAUUGGUAAACUUGGUGAAGCUGCUCCUAUCAACAAACUAGUGGAUGUAAUCUUUGCUGCUCGAAUAGCUGAGAAUUGUAAAAAAGACGAGGAUGAUGUUUCUAUUAUUGAGAUCAAAGAAAGGAACAAGGAAUGCAGCACUGAGGUUCUGUUUGGGACCAUGGAGAAGACAUUAAAAUUGCUUGAAAUGGGUUUCUCUGAAAAUGAAGUUUCCACAGUUAUUGAUAAGUAUGGUUCUGACAUUCCUCUCGAAGAGCUUGCAAAUUUAAUUGUAGAUCCUAGUAGUGCUAGAAGAAUGGACAAGCAUCUCUUAAACUCUCUCGGUAGGAAUGUUUCAAUUGGUUUUCAUCCAGUAGCUGUUAAGAAAGAGGAAUAUAGUGAGGAUACCUCUGAAUCUAGGGACCUUAACGGGCUUAACCUACUGGAAAAGCUUAAAGGGAAACGGCCAACCUCAACCUCUGAAUCUAGAGACCUUCACGGGCUUAACCUACUGGAAAAGCUUAAAGGGAAACGGCCAACGGAGAACUAUGUUGAUGAGAAAGACACUUUAAAGAGACCGAAAUCAGAGUAUGAUGAAGCCUUUAGCAGUCCCCUUGGCCCUGCAUUGCAAGAAAUCUUAAGGCCACUCAAUUCCACCAGGACUCCGGUUUCUCGAAGAGCAAUUCCCCAAAGAUCAAGAGUGCUGGAUUGCCAAGACACACCGAAAUUGUCUAUGCCGAAUUCAUGCAGGAGCCUUGAUAAGAUGGUGGCUAAAGCUCCCUAUUUCUUUUAUGGGAAUGUUAUGAACUUAUCCCCUGACAAUUGGGUAAGAAUAUCGCAGUUUAUAUAUUCCAUCGAGCCAGAAUUCGUUAAUACUCAACUUUUCUCAGCUCUGAGUCGUAAAGAAGGUUAUGUACAUAAUCUUCCUACUGAAAAUCGAUUUCACAUUGUUCCAAAACCACCAAUGACGAUUCAAGAAGCAGUUCCCGGUAGCAGAAAAUGGUGGCCAUCGUGGGAUACAAGGCAACACUUGAGCUGCAUCAAUUCUGAGACUACUGGUGUAUCUCAGCUAUGUGAUAGGCUUGAAAGAACAGUAAGUGAUUCCCAGGGGUUUCCUGCGGUUGACAGACAGAGAGAUAUCCUCUACCAGUGCCAGAUAUUUAAUCUGGUCUGGGUUGGCCGUUACAAAUUGGCGCCUGUAGGGCCAGAACAAAUAGAACGCAUUCUUGGCUACCCAGAAAAUCACAGUCGACUUGCUGGGAUGAGCCUGAUGGAAAGACUGCUGUCGUUGAAACAUUGCUUCCAGAUAGAUACAUUGGCUUAUUGUCUCUCUUCAUUGAAGUCUCUGUACCCUGGAGGGUUGACAGUGUUGUCAAUCUAUAGCGGAAUUGGUGGAGCAGAAAUUGCAUUGCAUCGUCUUGGAAUUCGCUUAAAAGUUGUUGUCUCCAUAGAAGCUUCCGAGAAAAACCAGAGAAUUCUCAAGCAAUGGUGGAGUAGUUCGGGACAAACAGGAGAACUCGUGCAGAUGGAAGACAUUAGCAAGUUGGCAAGUAACAAGAUAGAAGUCUUGAUUCAGAAAUAUGGUGGUUUCGAUUUCAUCGUAUGCCAGAACCCAUGUACAUACUCUUCUAAAGGUCAUUUAGCUGCAGAUAUCGAUAGUCAUGCAAGUUUAGAUUUCAUGUUGUUUCACGAGUUUGUGCGUGUCCUUCAACGUGUAAGAAGUUCAAUGGAACGGAACUAGUAGUUCUUUAGCUUUAUUCUGUAGACACAUUUGGACUGAGCUUCAUAGUAUGUUGUCCUAGUUUAUGACGUGUAACUGUACAAGUCCUAAUAUAUGAAGCUUAAAUUGUGAA